UAAUGUUAGUUUUGGUUAGUUUGAAAGCUAGUUUUUAGGUUAGUACUUCAACCAGCUUCAACCCUAGAAAUAACAAAAUAAGUAACAAUAAUAUUGUUGAAAACGAACAAUGCCCGAUUGCAACGUGAAUUUUGAGGCAGAAAUCGAGGAGGGCCAAAACAAGCGAUCAGUAAAAUGCAAAUUUUGCUCGUCGGUGAUUUUAACGCCCGCAACAGCCGCUAUUAUGAACGUUGAGCAUUCACUGCCCUUAAUUAGGCAAACCAAGACGACCGAAGAGAAUCCUGACACUGAAACCACGUCCGUUUUUUGGGCAGUUAAAGACAUGUUUACCUUCCAGAACGUGGGGUUUUCAAACACGGUUGGAAACACCAAGUAUUUAACUUGUGCAGAUUGCGAGGCUGGUCCCAUUGGGUUCCACGAUAUUCCGACUAAAAUGAGUUUCGUUGCAUUAUCUCGAGUUUCUCAUGGCGACCCCAUUUGAGCUAGAGGAAGGCAACUUGUUCUCAGAUGCAAGCAUUUGAUUCGGUUUACUGUAACUUAGUUAUUUAUUUUACGCAUUGAAGCUUUAAUACUUGAAUAAAUACAGUAUGCAGCUGG